UGCUUGCAUUGUGCCCUUGACCCUUCCGUUGCAAUAUAUUGCAAUUGUAUGCAGACGGGUAAUAACAAAUAGUGUGGGCUCAAAUGUUCUCAUAGGGAUUGCAAUUCAUGGUUUUCACAUAGAUAUUGAUGAUGUUGUUACGUUGGACGAGCAAGGAGCUUAUGGUGAAUGGCCACUUGGCCUACCAACAAAGGAUUCCCUGGUUGCUGAUGAUAAAAGAAAUAACAUUGCUGCUUAUAUUCAUCUAAUGGUCAGGGUGUGGUCAUUUUUUAUUAAUCUUCCGAAAAAUGCACUGGAUAUUAAGGAGGAUGAGAGGCUAGGAAUGGCCAAAAAUCUUCGAUGGUUAAGGAGCAUCUUCACUGAUGAAGAUGUAUAUUUUUAUGUUCUUCUAUUUGAACUUCCUACAAUAUCUUAUAUUAAUCACAAGCUAGAUGAGCUCCUGUUCCAUUUUAAAAAGAAGAUCUUGAAAACCUUCCUGAUGGUUUCCUCUUUCCGUCACUCUUGGUGUGCAAUUGAUUCUUUCCUGAUUAAAGCCCUUGUCCAUUCUUACUUUCUUUAUUAUGAGAGUAUUACUGUAGCGACCUUCCAAUUGCAUCUUCCAAGAAUUUCUGAUUCUAUGUGGGUGGCGGGGGAUAGUAUGAAAAAGAAUGGAUAUUAUGGAAGUCAUUCAUGGGACUAUACAAGGUUAUGUGAAGAACACCAAAUCUGGAAUCCAAAUGUUGAAAUAGCUUUUAUAUGUGAGAAGUUGCAGCUAGUCUAUCAUCUUCUAAUAAUAAAAUUAUCAACUCAAAAUAUUUUGAGUAAUCAUGGAGCUAUAAAGUUGCACCAGUUUCCAGUGCUACUAUGUAUAUUGUUAGUCUUGGUGGAAUCGUGCUUCUUAAUUGUGUAUGGGAUCCAGGAAUCAAUUCCAAGACCAUGAAUCUAUAUGUUCAUACAGAGACCUCGGAGGCACAACUAUUACUGGGAUCUCGGGGCAAUUUUUGUUUCUGUGUAUAUUCUGAUUCUAUGACUAAGGUGUGGGAUCCCGGCAGACAAAGGGAUAUCUCAUCUCACUCGACGGAUUUGGCUAAAGGGAGAGUGAAAUAUGGAAUUUAUCAUCUGACAUAUUUAGACAUAUUUAGCUUUGAUAUAAUCCGUGAGGGUAACCUCGUUCUUUGCAAUCAAAUGGACGAACCUGGUAUGUUUAGCCUAAUUGCAAACAGGUUUGCUGAUGCUUUUAUUUCAUGGGUUUCAAUUUGUACUAAAGCUCACUUGCCGUUCUUCAUGUACUAGAAAACUACAUAUGUCUAUGACCCUUUACCUAGUCUGGUAAUUUCAAGGCAUGAGAUUGUGAUUGAUCAAAACAAGUUGGAGUUAAGGAACAGAGGAAGAGAAAUGCUUUUCUACUGGCAGAGAGCUAGUAGCUAUGGUCAAAUGAGGAUUUGUCACAUUUUGCAGUAUCUUGCUUCGCAGUCAACUCCGCCAUACCCACUUCAGCAACAACGACAAGGCAGCUUAAUUCGACCACAUGUCAACACUCAUUCCUUAUUGAUAAGGCUAUACUCGAACCUUGAGGACAAGGUUCUCUUUGAGGGCGGGAGUAUUGUUAUGAACAAGGUAGACCAAAACAAAUGGAUUGGGCUUGGGAAUUGGUUUCGCGUGGGUCAGAAUAUUAACCAGCCCAAAGAGAGGUUAUUAGACUACAAUUGGGACCCAGGUUGAGGUACAUGUGUCAAUGAAUUACUGGACAAGAGGGAUACAGUUACUAUAAUAAUCAGUUCGUGCAAGUGUACGCUUAUGCGAAUUGUUAUCGGGAAAACUUCUCCCUCCUGGUCUCUCCCUCGUCUAUUUCUCUUUGUGAAUCUGUCUUCUCAUCCCCUUUCUUUCUUUUACUAUCCUUAGUUACUGUCACUUUUUAGUGUAAUUUCUUUGUUCUCGUUAACAAUAUAUCAAUCUGUUAAUUGGGUAUUUGGUUGUGGA